CCGGGCUCCCCGCGCCGUCCGGACCGCCCCCCGCUGCUCCGGCCCCGCCGGCUGCCCCCGCUUCGGCCUCUUCCCCGUCUCCUGCCCCUCGGAAACCACAGGUCAUCUUCGGAUUCUUCUCCAGAAGCUUCAAGUAGGGAUAUGUCCUCAGCACCAACUACUCCUCCAUCAGUGGAUAAAGUAGACGGAUUUUCUCGGAAGUCCGUCAGAAAAGCCAGACAGAAGAGGUCGCAAAGUUCCUCACAGUUUAGGUCUCAAGGCAAGCCUAUUGAGUUAACACCUCUGCCACUGCUAAAAGACGUUCCAUCCUCAGAGCAGCCUGAACUGUUCCUAAAGAAACUUCAGCAGUGCUGUGUCAUUUUUGACUUCAUGGACACGCUAUCUGAUCUUAAAAUGAAAGAAUACAAGCGCUCCACUCUUAAUGAACUGGUGGACUACAUUACAAUAAGCAGAGGCUGUUUGACAGAGCAGACUUACCCUGAAGUAGUUAGAAUGGUAUCUUGCAAUAUAUUCAGAACCCUCCCUCCUAGUGACAGCAGUGAAUUUGAUCCAGAAGAAGAUGAACCUACCCUUGAGGCAUCGUGGCCACACUUACAGCUUGUAUAUGAAUUUUUCAUACGAUUUUUGGAAAGCCAAGAAUUCCAACCCAGUAUUGCCAAAAAAUACAUAGAUCAGAAGUUUGUAUUACAGCUUUUGGAGCUGUUUGACAGCGAAGACCCUCGGGAACGGGACUACCUAAAGACGGUCUUACACAGAAUUUACGGCAAGUUUCUGGGUCUUAGAGCAUUUAUCCGAAAACAGAUUAACAAUAUUUUUCUAAGGUUUGUUUAUGAAACAGAACAUUUCAAUGGUGUUGCUGAACUGCUGGAAAUACUAGGAAGUAUUAUCAAUGGCUUUGCUUUACCUCUUAAGGCAGAACACAAACAAUUCCUGGUGAAAGUGUUGAUCCCUUUACACACUGUCAGGAGCUUAUCACUCUUCCAUGCCCAGCUGGCAUAUUGCAUAGUACAAUUUCUGGAGAAAGAUCCUUCUCUCACAGAGCCAGUUAUUAGGGGGUUAAUGAAGUUUUGGCCCAAAACAUGUAGUCAAAAAGAGGUCAUGUUCCUUGGGGAGCUGGAGGAGAUACUGGAUGUGAUUGAACCAUCGCAAUUUGUUAAAAUCCAAGAACCUUUGUUUAAACAAAUUGCCAAGUGUGUUUCUAGCCCCCAUUUUCAGGUGGCAGAAAGGGCACUCUAUUAUUGGAAUAAUGAAUAUAUCAUGAGCUUGAUAGAAGAAAACUCUAAUGUCAUCCUUCCCAUCAUGUUUUCCAGUCUUUAUAGGAUUUCAAAAGAACAUUGGAAUCCGGCCAUUGUGGCGUUAGUGUACAAUGUGUUGAAGGCGUUUAUGGAAAUGAACAGCACCAUGUUUGAUGAGCUGACAGCCACAUACAAGUCAGAUCGUCAGCGUGAGAAAAAGAAAGAAAAGGAGCGUGAAGAAUUGUGGAAAAAACUGGAGGAUCUGGAGUUAAAGAGAGGUCUUAGACGUGAUGGGAUAAUUCCAACUUAACAAAAAUAAUGACAACAACAUUACUAACCUGUGGAGUCACACAUUUAUGUAGUAGAAGAUGGAGCAACAGUUUUCUGUAUUGUGCAACUUUACAGUAGAUUUCACAUUUGUUUCAUUAUUACAACAGCACUGUAUAUACCUGUCUCUAAGUAAAGGAAAAAAAAAUAAGGACUUCAAUCCAAAGUUUGGACAGUAGAUUGACUUCUCAGAACUUGGCAAACAUAAUCAUUGUUCUAACCCUCUUAAAAAGAAAAAAAAAAAGCAGUCUUCAAAGAUCUGUCAAUGAAAUUGCUUUGUUAAAAUUCCAUUAUCGGGAGUUCCUUAUUUAUCAUUAGCAGAGAGUACGAAACAAUUUUCAAAUGUGAACAAUCUUAAAUUUAGCUUGUCUUUCUGCUAAGCUGUUAAAUGUAUUUAUAGUAAAGGAAGAAAAAAAACAGACUGUCAUUUCCUUAUAAGUUUGUAUAACACCCUCCUCUGGAUAACUUGACUGUAAUUGGACAUCUUUUCCUUUUGCACAUCUUCAUGAGUUGAAUGUCCAUGUGGAAUGGGGCCAUGAAUUAUAAAGGUCCCUGAUCAAAGUAUUUACUGGAGUGAACAACUUUCCAGUAACCAGGUAGUCCUGGUACUCCUUUAGUGUUAAAAUUAGGAGUAAAAGAGAACAGGUGAUAAACAUAGUAGGGAAGGGAGUUUGGGAUUCAUUCAUCAGUUUAUGGAGAAUCCAAAUCAGUGUCUUGAAUCCUCAGAGAACAGGCAGUGGGACGUCGUAGGGUCAUUACUUGACCAGUAUUAGUAACACACAUGCCAGAGAUGUUUUAGAAAUGUCAGAAGACAUCCUUUUGGACCAUUGUGAAAUAAGAAAGACAAACACUAAACAGGACAACCAUGAAAUUGAUCACCAGGAUUGCGAAUCUAAUUGGGAAUAGAGUUGAGCAAACAGCUUGGCCUGUUUGGAGUUGUUGCCUUACUUUUUAAUAUGUAUUUAUAAAGUAUUCCAGCAAAAGAGGAUGUAGCCUCUGGGAAAAAACAAACAUAUUACAGUGUUUUUUGUAGAUUCUCGUUCUAUAUCCCAUCACAGCUCCAGCCCUGUUUUUAGCCAGAAAGGAUUCAGGAUAAACAUUAUUAUGCAUUCUAAAUUGGAUGCAUAUUCCUAACUACUGUAUUUGUUACCAAAAAUGGUUCUACAAAUGCUACUGAAAAAAAAAAAAUCUGGAAAUUCCUAAUGUCCUGAGUAUUAAUAAUAAAGUUUAAAAAUGCUUUUAUAUCAAAGGUGCAUUGUGACCAAAUUGUUUAAGAAAAAUGAAAACAAAAAACAAAACAAAAUCUAGGGCUGUAUUAUAGAUAUAUCUUAUUGGCUCUCUGCUUUGUAUUUAAAAGAGGAAUCUUACAUCUUGGGGAGUUAAAAUGCUGAUAAACUUGUGUACAUUAUGUACUUACCCAAUGCAGUUGCAUUACUAUGUAUUGAAAGAUAUGUGUUUGGGGAUUUAUUUCCAGGAUGCUUUUGCUUGUUAUGGACAUGGCAGCAGUGAGUUGAUAAUCCUAAACCAUCACUUCCAGCAGUAUUUGUGGUAUAGAGCUGAUUCUGCGUUCAUGUGUUGAAUUGUGAUAGUAGCAAACAGGAACAUAUGAACUGUUGUUGCUCUUAAUAGACAUAUGGUUAUCAAUACGGGAUUGUAUAUUUUCUUCCUUCCAUUUAAGAUAUAAGGUAGAAUAUGCAGUUUUAUUCUUUUCAAGAGAAAAGGAAUAAAAGAAGCCACUGACCUUUCUCCCCUAUUAAGUGUUUGAGGGUUUUUGGGCCACAGUUUGUGCGUAAAAGUAAGCUGAUUAUGGAUUUUGUCAUCUCAAUAACUUUGUAAAACAAAAACAAAACUUGGCAUUGUUAACUCUGGAAAAGAAACAGCAGUAAAAAAAGUCAUUUGCAAUACCAAGUACAACAUGGUUUAAUGGAAUUAAUAGAUUUAAAAAAAAAGCAAAACAUUGAUGGGGAUUCAGUGUGAAGUUGGCAGAGGCUGCCAAAGUUGAAACAAUUUAAAAGUGCUGGAGCAAAGGUGCAAGUUCAAAUGCUAAAGAUAAAAAUAAAUUUGUAACAAAUCAUCUCCUUUAGCCCUUUUGAUUUUAGCCCGUUAGUUUUGACUCUGCUUUACAUUUAAUCUUGACAGUAUAAACUUUUGUUUGCCAUUAAUUCAUCUUUUUAUAUAGAGGACAUUACAAUCACAGGUUGAUAAAAUAUCUCUGCCCAUUAGAAUGAAAUGCAGUCAUUUGAAAUGAGAAGGACAAGGACCCUGUUUUGUACCUCACCCUGUUUGCAGAGUGAAGGUGAGGGCUACACGGAUAUCCUUGAUGCCAAUUUUGUAUGUUGAUCAUUCCAAACUGAGAAGAAUAAUGCCAAAUUUUAGACAUAUUUAAAGAAGCUAUUUAGAGGUAUGUGUCUAAAAUUCAUAGGGCAACUUCUGAGAAGAAACACUGUCUUUUUUUAACUGAAAGUGACAAUGUGACACUUGUCAUGUUGUGUCCAGUGACGCAGAGUAACUGAGGUAAUCUGACUGUUGCACUAUGUGACAUAUUUAAGGACGUACUUGCUGCAUUUGCAGCAGCCCUCUGUCCUUUCCCACAUUUCUGCUGUUGCUGCAACUUGAGUUAAUUGUGACAAAUGCAUCUUUGUGUUAUAUUUUGUUUGCUUCAUAAUUUCCAGAACUAUAUAUAAAUAUAUUUUUUAAAUAGCAAAUAUCGUAGUUAGUGAUGAUCACUCCAACCUUAUCCCUACCAUAUUGGUUUCAGGGGUAGGAUUAAGAGUGUCUUUGGAAGAAAAAAGAAAAAACCCUGUGGUUUAGAAGGAGGCUGAAGCCUUAGGCUAUGGGCCUAAAACAACCAUGUGAGUGAAUUGACCCAUCUCAUACCUUGAAUCAAGCAUGCAUUCCUUUUCUCAUUGUGCAAGUGUCCCCAGUUGUUUUCCUUCAGUGUUCUUGUCCUUUUAAAUUUUAUUAUAUUUUGCUCUCCCUAACAUCUGUUUUUUAUAAAAUAAAAUAAAAAAAUAAAAAAGUAAGAAAUAAACUAUACCCUGAUUGCCUCUGGAUACUCACAAGCAGGGUUAUGUUCCUUCAUCUUGGGCUUGCUUGCCUAAAUGGAAGGAUUGACUUUAUUUUGUACCUCCUUCUGUGCGUGGGACAGUCCAGGGUGCAGAGCCAGGAAUUGCUUGUAAUUGCACCUGCUAUACUUAAAUGUAUAGUCCUAGGCUCAAUCACACUAUGGAAAGAAAAAAAAAAAGUAUAUUUAGAGCUUUAAAAGCUUUUUUAUUUUUUUGUGGGGAUCGGGGGGUGGGAAAGGGAAGAUGUAUGGAUGUUAUUGGCAUUUUUCAAUGUUUGGAGGUUUUCCCCCCCACCCCCUUCUGUUUGGCUUUUUUUUUUUUUUUUUCCCCCCUUUAAUUGGAUGCACUGACCCGGCCCAAGAAAUGAAGAAAUUCUCUCUUUUGAUACUAUUACCAAUGUUAUCACAAAAUGACAGUUACCUAUAGCAAAAAAGUGGCACCAGAUGUGAUGAGUGAUAUUUUAUUUGCACAUCAAUGUUUUUAUUUUUAUAUUCUGGCUCAGCUGCUUCUCCGAGGGGAGUGAAGGAAUGAGCCACAAAGGAUUUUUGUAGUAGCUAUAUUGGCAAUGCAUUUUAUAUUUUUCAGUAUUUAAUUUUGAAAAUCUUAAAAGAUUGUGCAUCUUGAGAGAAAGUUUGAGCAAAUUUUAAUCUAGUGGAAUGUUCAUUUAUGCUGCUUCCUGUGCACGACAGCAGCUGUAGUAUCUCUUUUGGAAGUAAACAUCCCAUAUUUCGAUGUCUAUGAAUGUAGGUUUCCUUUUCUACCCUUCCUCCUCCCCUCUCUUUUUUCUUUCAUUCCUUCUUUCCCUUUCUUUACGUUUUUGGAAAUCACCUAAUUGUAUAUAAGUUGUAAUCCAGACCUCAUAUAUCAAUGGGGAACCUUCAAAUAUAAAUAUUACCAAUACAUUUUCUGGUUGUUGUCUGAUUUUUGAUUGAGGUGUAAUGAGAAUGACAUGUCCAUUGCUUUCGGUUUGAGGAUUUUGCUUCAGCUUCAUAAAUCUUUUGGUAUUUUAGUAUUUCAUUGUUUUAGCAGAAGAGGGCAGCAAAAGUUCAUUUUCCCUGUUAGAAAUGCUGUAGUUCAUGAUUGGUUUUAAAUUUAGUUGCGUGUGUGAGUGUGUGUAUAUGUGUGGUUUUAAACAGCAUCUGUUUGUGGGUAGAGGUAAAAAUGAAACAUUUUUUGAUAUGAAAAGUUGCAUAUGAAAAUUAUAGACUGGUUCAACCAGACAGUGAAGAUUUCCAAUCCACAUCAAAGUUAAAAUGCCACAAAACAAUCUUCCAGUGCUGGCUAAAACAUGCUACUUCCUUUUCAAACACAACAAAAAUGAAAGCUGAGUCUUAAAUACUUGGAAUUUAAAAUGUCUUUCUUUGAAAAUGAUUUAGCUUCUUCAAAGUGGUAACAGAAACAAAAAUGAAGGUGCUCCCAAAGGGAAAUGUAACCUUCUGCUUUCACAGAUGUUGAGAGAUUGUGUACUGUGGGUACAUCCUAAUAAAGAAGCAGUGAAGAGUU